UUUAUCAAAGGCUUUUUCUGCGUCUAUUGAAAUAAUCAUGUGAUUUAUUUUGGUUUGCUUGUUGAUGUGGUCAAUUAUGUGGAUGGUUUUCCUAAUUUUGAACCAGGCCUGCAUUCCUGAUAUAAAUCCUACUUGAUCAUGGUGACUGACUCUUCUGAUCACUUGCUGGAGUCUUUUUGCUAGUAUCCUAUUUAAGAUUUUUGCAUCUAUAUUCAUUAGGGAGAUUGGUUUAUAAUUCUCUUUCUCUGUUUUUGGCCUGCCUGGCUUUGGAAUCAGAACCAUGUUUGUGUCAUAAAAGGAAUUUGGAAGAACUCCCUCUUUGCUUAUUAUGUCAAAUAGUUUGUAUAGUAUUGGGAUUAGCUGUUCUUUGAAUGUUUGAUAGAAUUCACUUGUGAAUCCAUCAGGCCCUGGGAAUUUUUUCUUACGGAGUUCUUUGGUGGCCUGUUCAAUUCUUUUUCUGAUAUGCUAAUCCAAAAGUAAAUGUGGAACUUAGAAAAAGAUUGCACCUCCAAAUCAACACGGUUACAGAGAAUUAGAAAAGGAAAAGAUUACAGCUUCAUUUGAGGACUUUUGUAAAGAACUCUGUAUACGGUAUAUGAGCUUUAAAAUCUUGGAGGAACAAUCAGUGACUGUGCCAGAUCAAACAAGUUCAGAAGUACAAAUGGAGAAUUGGUCAAAAGAUGUUGUUCGAAGUUACCAUGAACAAGAGAUUAUAGUGAGAAAUCAAAAUUCACAAUCAGAUGACCAACUUGUUACCAGUUCUGCUGGAUGCUUGCAAAAUGAACAAAAUAAACUAGUAAAACAGACUGCGUUUGAGGAGACAAAACUUCCAGUGGAAAAUCCAAGGUGCUUUCAGGUCAUUGACUUCCGCCCAGAGGAUGUUACUAUGUAUUGUACUACUGAAAAAUUCAAAAUUACGGAGCAUAGAAACAGUGAUCCAUUCUGUGAUUUUAUGGUACCUUUUCAAGUUGCAGAAAAUGUGGAUAAAGACAAGACUAUCUCCCUCCUUCAAAAAGAAUUGAACAUUCUCAGAAUAAGUAAUAAAAAGCUUCAAGAAAAACUGGCUCAAGAAGGUAAAGAACUGAAGACAUUAAAGCUUGAGUUGGAACUCCUAGAGAGAGCGACAGAAGCUAAAAUUGCUGAAAAGUCAGCAGUUCUGGUUGAAGAGAUAUAUUUUGCACAGAGAGAACAUGAUGAAGCUAUCAUGUCUAGGCUGAAAUUAGCCAAUGAGGAGAGAGAUGAAGCCAUUUCACAAGCCAAACAAUUGGAGAAGUCUCUGAAAGAGCUAGAAAAUAUUAACCCUGAAGAAAAUGACAUGACAUUACAGGAAUUAUUGAACAGAAUAAACAAUGCAGACACAGGGAGAGCUAUCCAGAGCAAUGGAGCUAUAAUUAUGGAUCGAAUAUACAAGACCAACAAAUGUAAAGAGAAAAUAACUACUGAAGAAAUGAGUACAGUGAUAGAAGAACGUGAUGCGGCUUUGUCUAAGUGCAAACGGCUAGAGCAGGAGCUUCAUCAUCUGAAAGAGCAGAACCAGACUUCAGCAAACAACAUGAGACAUCUGACUGCUGAAAACAAUCAAGAACGUGCUCUGAAGGCAAAGUUGUUAUCUAUGCAACAAGCUAGAGAAACUGCUGUUCAACAGUAUAAAAAAUUAAAAGAAGAAAUCCAGACACUGAGAAUUUACUACAGUUUACACAAAUCUUUAUCCCAAGAAGAAAGUUUAAAGGAUCAAUUUAACUGUACUCUUAGUACCUAUGAGGACGCCUUAAAAAACAGAGAGGAUAUUGUUUCCAUCACUCAACAACAAAAUGAGGAACUGGCCAUCCAGCUGCAGCAAGCCCUGACAGAGAGAGCAAACAUGGAAUUAAAGCUUCAACAAGCAUUAGAGGCCUCCCAAGAGGCCAAUGAAAAAGUUCAAAAGUUGGAAAGGUUGGUGGACGUCCUGAGGAAGAAGGUUGGAGCAGGGACCAUUAGGACCGUGAUCUGAUUGAAAGCUCCAGACUAGGGAAGCAAUCACAUCUGGUGACCAGGCUGCUUCAUUCAACACUGUGUAAACACUAAAGCAUUCACUUAACAAACAGUUGUUAGAAGUGGGACACUUCAACGACAUACCAAGCUGAGAUAAAAUCAAAUCACAAAUGUUUAACCACUUUGCUGCUGAGUUUGGGUUAUUUAUCUAAAUGUAUUAACCACAGACUUUUACCAAUGGGUGGCUAAAGGCUUAGAGCACACUUUGGAGCUGUUUCUUUUGUCCCAAUUUAUUUUAAGGUGUUUCUAUACUGAGGAACCAACGUAGGAACAUUGUGUAGCUAAGCUGGACAUUCUUUCCAUAUUGCUUGCUUCAGAAUCAAAACUUAGCAAGGCAAAUAUUGUAUGAAUCUAAAUCCACUAUGUUAGGUCAAGAUUUCAAAUACCUGCAUAUUUUAAUAUUGAAUAUGUUUCUGAAUCAAUGAAAAAAGUACAGACUUAAGAAGAAGCUAUGAUUAUUGUGUAGACAUAAGAAUGCAGCCUUUUCUCAGUGCUUACACGUAACCUUUGAUAGCAUUAAAAGAGAAUUAAGCAUAUGCAUCAAGAAGUAGUUGUACUAAAGAUGCCUUAUAAUGAAUUCUAUCACUAAGGUCACAAUCAUUAAGGAAUCAUGUUUUAGUUUCACACAUACACACAAAUGUCAUGUGGGGUCUUAAGAACAUUAUUGAGAAUUGUCUUAUUUCAAAUGUGCCUUCACAAGACUAUAUAUUGUCACUAUUGUUAUUAUUAAGAAUUGUGAUGGAUAGCACUGAGCUACACUUAGUAUAUGAUAUAAAAAGGGUUCAAAAUCUCUGCCUAGUGUUUGUUGUCUGUCUGAUGUAAAUUAGUGUAUAUCCAUAGGGCCUGGGCCCUGGAAUUUGAAAGGUAAUAUUUUAUAAGUUUUGCUUAAUUUUCUUUGUAUUUGGCAGGAAAGAAGAAAAAUAUUUAGUAAAACUUGGAUAAUCUAAAAUAAAAAGUCUUGUUUAAUAUGAAGUUUGAAUUAGCAAGGUUAAGAUUACCUGUUAUUUCUCUUAAAGAAGAAUAAAACAACAAUACCUUAUGUGUAUAUAGUGCUAGAUGAUCUUACAAGUGGAUUUGCAUACAUUAUCUCUUUCAGUUCUUGAAACUGAUAAUCUAGUAGUCAGAGAACAACAGUAGCUUCAAGUAAUUUUGAAAGAACCUAUUGGCAUUUUCUUUGGCUCUAUAGAUGUAUGUCAGGUGGGAUGAUAUGGGAAUGAGUAUGGCUAGCCAGGAAUGAGACAACCUGGAUAAAUCAGUGAGACUGUGAAUACAUAAGAAAAGUAUCAUUUGAACUUCCCAGAAAGGAAAACUUCUUGUAAGAAUUAGAAAUACAAAAUCAAUUCCUUACUUAUCCACCUUUAUUCCUUUUUUUCAAAUGCUAAUUAGGAUCAUUCCCCUGAACUCUAAACUAAUAUGUUAUUCCUGCUGCCUGAUUCUUUAAUGGGUUCUAAGCCUGUCCUAGCCAGAUCUAAUCUUCAGCUAGAAAGAAAGAGAGCUUCUCCCAGACCAGCAGUGCUCUUCUUUCUCCAUUAUAUCACGCAGAAAUAUUUAUAGGAUUUAGGGUUCAAAUGUUACAUAUUCACUCAAGGUGAUUAUACAGGAGAGCAAUAGCACUUUGCUCUAAGUUAUAAAAAAGUAACUUAUAAGUAAAGUGAAGAGACAGAAUUUUAUGCAUCCCCACAUGACACCAGUUUUGCUUAAGAGUUAAAUAAUUUAUUUCCUCUCAUAACAUAGUAAUGAAGAUGACUUGCAUUUAUGAGUCCUACCAAAUCUGUUUUUAAUCAGAAGUAAAGCAGAAUUCCCACUACCCCAACAUAUACACACAAACCCUCCUCCUCAUCAUCAUCUUCAUCCUGAAUGGACAAAAACUUUUCCUCAGAUUUGUUUUUCUCAGCUUUGGGUUUCAUGGAAAACAUUUCAUUCUUCUUCAGGCAUCUUUUUCUAUACCAAGGUGUCCAGAAUGGAGAAAAAUCAAUUCUCAACAUAUUUUUGUGAAUGCUAUAAAUAAAACUAGUAUAAAUCAAAUUUGUAGUACUAAUUUAAUCAUGGAGACCAUGGCUCCCUAUUGUGGCUUAGAACAAGUGCAUAGUUUUUAUUUUCUUUCCAAUUUAUAUCAAUAAAUCCAGUUCAAUACAUAUGUAUUAUGUGCAUUUGUUGUUGUUCAGUCAUGAGGUCUUCUUGGCAAAGAUACUGGAAUGUUUUACGAUUUGCUUCUCCAGUGGAUUAAGGCAAACAGAGUUUAAGUGACUUGCCCAGGAUCACACAGCUAGUAAGUGUCUAAGACUGGAUUUGAAUUCAGAUCCACCUGAUUCCAGACCCAACAGACUAUCUACUUAACCACCCAGUUGCCUCCUGAUAACUAGUUCUGUGACUAAAAAAUUUUAAAAAUUACACAAUUUUUGUCCUCAAAGAGCUUACAGUCUGAUAUAAGAAUAUAACAUGUCACAAAAAAGUAUGAUAGAAGAUAAGAUAUGAGGAUAAAGAAGAGAUCUAAACAUAAUACUAUAAGAAAAGAUCUUCUUACAGAUCAGCCCCUUAAAUUCUCUGCACAUGCUCUCUCCCUCUCCCUCCCCUCCCUCUCAUACUCUCUCUCUCUCUCUCUCUCUCUCUCUCUCUCUCUCUCUCUCUCUCUCUCUCUCUCUCUCUCUCUCUCUCUCUCUCACACACACACACACACACACACACCCCAGUUAAAUAAAGUGGAAGAGACUUUGAAUAUUUUUGAGGAAGAAUGAAUUAUCUUUAAAAUGUUAAACACUUUAAAACUGGCAUAUGGUUAUUAAUGAGUACAGUUGCUAUAAAUAACCUAUACUUUACACCCUCCCAAAUGUAAUAGCGUUAUUGUGUGAUGGAUGACAUGAUAGGGAAUAGCUACCCAAUAUAAUUACACUAUGUAAUCCCUCUCAUUGAGCAGGUUGACUCCCAUUCAUGUUUUAUUUGACUAAAUCACUCCAACCUGCACUCAGCCUGACAGGUAUGAAUUCCCAGAGGUAGAAUAGCAUGAAACAAUUACACUGAAACUCAGAUUUUAGGAACAACCCUGUUCAGAAGAAAUACAUUUUCCCUAUUUACCACUCUAGCUGUUUAGCACCUAUCCAUUAUGUUUUCUACUCACACAACCAGCUAUUCAUAAUAUAAUAUGUCCAUACAGUAUGUGAAAUUUAUAUAACCAGUCAACAAUGAUGACUCUUCAAGAUCUUCUACCUAACCAUUUUCUUAAUAAAAAGAAAAAAAUAGUAAAGGAACAGGAAAGGAAUAAGCAUAUUUAUAUAGCACUUACUAAGUGAUAAGCAUUUUACAAAUAUGUUCUAAUUUGACCUUCACAACAACCCUGUUACGUAGGUGCUAUUAUUAACCCUGUUUUAAAAUUGAGGAAACUUAGGCAAACAGGUUAGAAAAAUUGCCCAGAGUCACACAAAUAGUGUCUGAGGCAGGAUUUGAAUUCAUUUUCCUAACUGUAAACCAAGUGCUCGUUCAACUGUAUCAGCUAGCUGCCAUCAUAAUAUAUUAAAAGAAAUGCAUAAAAAAUACAUCACAAAGGCAGAACGAAGAUGAUGGAUUAGAGCAGCCACCUAGCUGAAAUCUUCCAAUAUUCCACUUCAAAUGACUUUAAAAUAAUUCUUCAAAUCAAAUUUUGGAACAUCAGAGACAACAAAAAGUCAGGAUAAGAUAUUUUUUCUGUCCUAAAGAAAAUUUAAGAUGUCAGCAGAAGUCUGUGACUAGGUUGGAGAUCUCUCUAAAGGCUACAUACACUAUGCCAUCAAUAACAGCAGCAUUAGGAGCUCUCAGCACAGAGAUGAUGAGGGGAACGGACAAGUACUCAGAAAAGGAUUAUAGGACACCCUUUGUUAGCUAAGAGUACAGCUGGCAAUGAUUGACAGUUCUAUUGCCCAUACACAGUUCUAUUGCCCAUGCACAGUUCUAGGCUGCAGUUGCAGGGCAGAAAAGAGUGCUCAUGGUCAGUCACAAAGGACAGGGCCCUGGUCACAUUACCAAAACAGAGAAGAGUGCUAACACAUGUAGCUACAGAAAACCAAGGACCCUUCCUUGGUACAGACCAAAAUGCAGACCAGGAGAGCACAAACUACAUCUCUCCCAAGAUCUCACCAUCUUGGAAACACUAAAAACUUGCAGAUCUCCAGAACUAACUCUGAAAAUGGCAACACAAAAAAGACUAGAGCUUAGGAGCCUUUUCACCUCUGAAUGAGCAAAGCCCAACUUUAACAUAAAGUUUAAAGGUAAAAAAUAAAUUGGGAAAAUGCAUAGACAACAAAGAAAAUAUUUUGACCAUAAAAAGUUAUUAUAAUGUCAAAGAAGACCAAGACAUAAACUGAAAAGAAGACAACAUUGUGAAAACAGUUACAAAGUCUCAAAGAAAAAUGCUAAUUGGAGAAAAAAACAAAAAAAAGAAUUCUGCUAACAGUUAAAGAAAGAAAUAAGUGAUAGGCAAAAAAUUAGGGAAACAGGGCAGCUGGGUAGCUCAGUGAAUUGAGAGCCAGGCCUAGAGACCGGAGAUCCUAGAUUCAAAUCUGGCCUCAGACACUUCCCACCUGUGUGACCCUGGGCAAGUCACUUGACCCCCAUUGCCUAGCCCUUCUGCCUUGGAACCAGUACACAGUAUUGAUUCCAAGAAGGAAGGUAAGGGUUUUUUUUUUUUUAAGUAGGAAAACAAAUGAGUGAUGCAAAAUAAUUUUAAAAGCAAAUCAACAGCUUGAUAAAAGAAAUAAAAAGAAGAAAAAACACCUUAAACACAGAAUUGUUCUAAUGAUAAAAGAGGCACCAAAAUGCACUAAAGAAAAGAAUUUUUUAAAAAAGCAGAAUAGUUCAAAUGGAAAAGGAAGUACAAUAUCUUACUGAAAAAAUCCUUAAAAAUCAGAAUGGGGUGUAUGGAAGCUAAUGAUUACAUGAGAUAUCAAGAAAUAAUAAAAUAAAGUCAGAAGAAUGAAAAAAAAGAAGAAAAUAUAAAAUAUCACAUCACAAAAACAACUAAUCUAAAAAUAGGUUGAGGAAAAAUAACUUAGGAAUUAUUGGAGUAUCUGAAAGCCAGAUCAAAGAAAGAGCCUAGAUAUAUUUCAACAAAUCAUCAAGGGAAACUGCCCUGAUAUGUUAGGGCAACUUAGAGGGUAAAAUUGAAAGAAUCCACCAAUCAGCUCUUGAAAGAAAUCCCAAAUAAGAACUUUCAGGAAUAUUAUCAGUAAAUUCCAGGGCUCUCAAGUCAAAGAGAAAAUACUUCAACCAGCCAGAAAGAAACAAUUCAAGCAUUAUGGGACCAUAGUCAGGAUCACACAAGAUAUAUUAGCUUCAUUCCAGAAGACAAAAAAGCUGAGAUUGCAACCAAUCUACCCUUCAAAACUGAGUGUAAUCUUUCAAGAGAAAAUGGAUAUUAAAUGAACUAGAACACUUUCAAGCAUUCCUGAUGAAAAUAUCAGAAAUGAAUAGAAAAUUAGACAUCCAAACAGGACUCAAGCUUAAAAAGGUAAACAUGAAAGUAAUUAGAAGGGGCUCAAUAUUUAUUUAAGUUGUUUGUAUUCCUAUUUAGGAAGAUGACACAUGUAACUCCUAAUAAUUUUAUCAUUAUUAGGGCAGUUAAAGGAGUUUACAUAGACAGAGCAUAGAUGUGAGUCAAAUAUAUUGGAAUGUUGUUUUUUUUUAAUAAAUGAGUAAGAAAGGGGGAUGUACUAGAAAAAGAAGAAAGAGAGAAAUGGAAUGGGGGAAUUUUUAUUUCAACAAAGCAUGCAAGAAAAAGCUUUUAAAAUGGGGGGACACUUAAACUUCAUUCAGUGAAAUUAGUUCAAAAAAGGAAGAAUAUACAUAUAUAAACAUUCAGUUGCAUAUGGAAAUCUAACUCACCCACUAGAAAAAUAGGAGAGGAAGGAGAUAAAAGGAGGGGAGAUGAAAAAGGGAAAUCAGUUUAAGGGAAGCAAUGAUUAGAAGAAAAAUAGACUUUUGACAUGGUACUGAAUAAAAAGAGAGAAAGAAGUUUAAGAAAAUGGAUGGAAAAAAACAAAAGUAGAUAACAGAAUGGAUUCAGAAACCAGAUUCCAACAUGUUAUUUACAAGAGACACACUUGAAAUAGAAAGAUGCACACAGAGUGAAAGGGCUGGAACAGAAUAUAAUAUGUUUCAGCUAAAGUAAAAAAAAAAAAGCAAGGAUAAUAAUCAUGACCUCAGAGAAAGUAAGAGGAAAAAGAGACCUAAUUAAAGAUUAAGGAGGAAACUACUUUUUUUUCUAAAGGGUAUCACAGCCAAUGAAGUAAUAUCAAAAAAUUUUACCACAAAUUUCUCUGAUAAAGACCUCAUUUCUCAAAUAUAUAUUAAGUACAGAACUGAGUUGAAUUUGUAAAACUUAUUGCCAUUCCCCAAUUAAAAAAUUGUCAGAGGAUAUGAACAGGUAAUUUUCAGCAGAAGAAAUCAAAGCUAUACUCAUAUUAAAAAUGCUCUAAUUUAGUAUUGAUGAAAGAAAUGCAAAUUGAAACACCUCUGAGGUAAUUCCUCAUACCUAUCAGAAAUGACAUGCUGGAGGGGAUGAGGGAAAAAUAAAUAUACUAAUGAAAUUUUGGUGGAGCUAUGAACUGGUCCAACCAUUCUGCAAAAUAAUCUGGAACUAUGCCCAAAGGGCUAUAAAACUGUUACACUGUAGAUUUGUAUCCCAAAGAGAAUAAAGGGAAAGAGCCAAAUACUCAAAAAAUAUGUAUAGCAGCUCUUCUUGUAGUAGCAAAGAAUUAGAAAUGAAGAGGAUGCUAAUCAAUUGGGGAAUGACUGAAUAAAUUGUGGCAUAUGAUUGUGGUGGCGCUCUGUAAGGAAUGACAAGGCUGCAGUUUUAGAAAAACAUGGCAAAAACAAUAUGAACUGAUUUAUUUUAAUAUAUUAUGAUGGAUCAAUAGUCAAGCAGUGAGCAAAGAAGCAGUUUUGUGUAGUGCAGGUAUAUCUGAAUGAACUAAUGACAUCAAAGUCAAUCCAGAAUUGCGAGUAACUCAUUGUAAAUGAGUUUUCCUCCCUCAUGUGUUUUCCUGGUGGGUUACUAUAAGGCUGUGUUCAUUCCUAGAGAAACUGAGGGUAUUGGUGGGAGAGGAUGAUUGAGGUUAAUAUGUGUUUUGUGAUGUAUUUUUUCAAAUUCACUACUUAUUUUAAUAAUCUUUUAAAAUUUUGAGGUCCAAAUUCUCUCCCUCUUUCCCACUCACUCUCCCACCCUUUGAGAAGGCAAGCAAUAUGCAAAAUAUAUUUCCAUAUUAGCCCUACUUUUUUAAAAAAGCAAGAUAAGGUGAGAAAAGUUUAUUUAUUUUUGUCACUUUCAAGGUGGAUAGCAUUUUUUUCUUCAUGAAUUCCUUAUUUUCUUGGUUCAUUGUAUUGCGCAGAGAAGCCAAAUCUUUCACCGUUGAUCAUAACUACAACAUUGCUGUUACUGUGCAUAGCAAUCUUCCAGGUCUUCUCAUUUCACUCUUCAGCUAGACAAAUCCUCUGUUAUCUAUGUAGUCAAAAAUGGCAACUCUGUUGACUUAUAAUCACCCUAAAUAAUGUUAAGAAGUGUUACUUCUUAGUAUAAAUAGCAGUUGCUUUAGAUUAGAGAAAUGCAAAGCUCAGCAAACUAUCAUAAGUCUAUAUUCAUUCACACAAUAUGUCCAAUGUUAAUGGAGCUCACAACACCACUCAAGCUGAUUCAGAGGAUUUUGCCUCAGCCAGAAAACAAGCAGUAGAAAAUGAUGGCAGAAGAAAUCAAUGCAGAAUCACUUAGCUGAAGCCUUCUGGUAGCUGACUUUCUGUCAUUGCUCCAAAAGAGCAACUCUCAACCUUCUUGCUACUUCUUCAGUACUACUCUGAUAACUUAAUCAAAAGCUUAUCUGAUUAUCAGUGCCUCCCCUUUCACUUAAAAGGUUAUAACUACCCUGAAUUUCACCUCUAAAAUCUCUAAUCCUUUCAAAAUCAGACAUGCCUCCAAAUAUUUUGUUUCUUAUUUUAUCCUCUUUUUACCCUCUUUAGUCAAUUAGAAACAUGCAAAUGAGCUGAGGUGUCUUGCAACUCUAAAGAUUGCAACAUGGUUCAUCCAUUGCUUUGGUGUCCUUAAACUAUUUUUGUUACACUCAUUUUUCCUGUUUUCAGUAAAUAAAUCUUUCUCUACCUCUGAUUGAUGAAAGGCAUCAUUCUACACUGUGUACAAGUAUAAUAGAGUAUAUUAAAAUCACAGUUUAUUUCUUUUCCAAAACCGCUCAAAUCUCAUCUUAUAUUAAAAACAACAUUCUUUUCUUAUUCCUUUUAUGUAUCAAAAUGUUUUAUUAUCUCAGAUGAAACAUUUGUAAGUCACUUAACACAGUUCCUCAUACAUGCACUAUAUAAAAGUUAUUUUUAUUGUUAUUCUUUAACAAUUAAAAUAUCUUAUGAACUUUGGCACUUAACGUAAAUGUUAAAAUACAUUUUGUUAUUGUUUUAUCACUAAACUGCUCCAUUUCAGAAAGGCCUUAAAGGGACAAUGUAACUUACAAUGGAAUUACAAUAGAAUUUUAAAUAGCAAAAGACAAAAUUUUCCUACACAUUUAAAAUAGAGUAGUGCUUCAGAGUCCAUUGGAAUGUAAAUGAAAAAGUUUCUGUACUCUAGUAGAGAUCUCUUCACUGAGUAUUACCACUAAUGAACAAGCUUUCCCAAGUUCCAAACAGAUCAGUCUGGCUAGUGUGCAUAGAAACUCCUGGUUAGGUUGAAACAGCUAAGACUCAGAUUUUAGAAGAGAAAGAGGAAAAAGAAAACAAAACAAAACAAUCCAUCCUUCCCAAGAAAAGAAAAAGCAUCAAGAGAGACAAUCUUUGCUCUAUAAUACUGCUUCUACACUUUGGUAUUUAUAUAUAUAUACACAUACAUAGACAUACAUGUAUACAUUUAUACAUGCAUGGAUUUGUAUCCAUAAGGCUACAUCAAUGUCAUUAGCAUUUCAUAUUUUAUUAUGACAGGUAUGUUUUUAUUAAUGUUCUUUGUGGUAACUAUGUAGUUUGGUAUUUUAAUGUGGCCUUGCAAAAAGAUUUUUUUUUUCACUUAAAAAGAAUCAAUCCCUGCCUAAAUCCUUACUAUAGAACAUAUAGACAUCUCCAAAAAUAAGCUGCAUUUAUUUCAGAAGGCUGGAAGUAUGUGUAGGGAAUACCUGCACAUGUCAGUCUUAUCCAUGGUCUCCUGUACCUCUACCAAAGAGAUUUCUGUUCCCUAGAAAACCAUAAUUUCAAUUAAAAAAAAAAAGCAAUGUGUUAGGGUCCUUCUCCAGAUUAUCAUGAUAUCAUAUAAACCAAUGGAGAAUAUAAGAUAUCCAUUAGUUAGCCUUCACACUUCCUUUGUGAUUGACUUAUCUUUUUUCUAUUCAUAUAUUUAACAAAAUCCUUUACAUUGCUUUUCCUUGUAAAUUACGUAUUUGUAAUGUGUGGCAGUCACAUGAUGCAAUGCAUAGAACACCUCAAGACACUUACAAGUUGUGUGACCCUGGGUGAGUCCAUUAACCCUGUUUGCCUCAGUUUCCUCAUCUAUAAAAAUGGGCUGCAGUGAGAAUAUCAAACCCCCUAGUAUCUUUGCGAGGAAAACCCAAAAUGGGGUCAUGAAGAGUCAGACAUGACUGAAAUGACUCAACAACAUGUUGCAACCCAUGCAUGUCCACCACACAUCUCCCCAUUGCCCUGUGAGUGAUUUUCAUUUCAGUUCUUCAGAGACAAUAUCACAUGACCCAGAGCCAUACAAUACCACUAGAAGCAGACUAUUGUUUAGAAUAUAAAAUUUAUUUCAGGGAGAAGCUCUGAAUCAUUAAAGGAACUAUGCAGUUUCCCAAAGGCAAUUCUUUACUGGAUCAUUGUCCAUUUGCAGUGUCUGUCCAAGGUAGUAUGGUGUGCAUAUGUAUGUAUAGAUAUAGAUAUAGCUAUAGAUACAUGCAUAUAGAUCCUGAUGAAUGAGCUCCAUGCAUUGACUGAAUGGCAUAUAUAUAUAUUAUAAUAAUCAUAAUAAUCUCAUCUUACAAAUACAUAUCUUUAGUGUGUGGGAACACUUUCUCAUCAGAGCUGAGUGCAUUAUAGAUUUAAUUAUUAUUCAAGUUCAUCUUCAUUCCAUUGUUCAUAAGUGUCGUUGUGUAAUUGCUUCAAACAACACCCAGCCUAAUCCUACAGAGAAGUCAGGGACCAUUUUCACCUUAUAAGAAGAAAACAAUUCUUUAUAAAGAUAUAAAUGAUAACAGUGAAGGAAAAAUGUAUGUUUUUCCUUUCUCCUCCAAAGCAACCUGUGUAACCACAAAUGAAAUGGAGCAGUGAAAACUAUUUAGUUUAGCUGGGAAAGGCAAAGAUGGAGCCAGAUCUUCUGCUCCCUAGAAAACCAUAAGUUCAAUGAAAAAGAAGCAAAUUUGUUUUUAUCACUGUAACUACUGCGUUACAGUUAUUUCACUUACAGACCAUCAAGAGGCUUGUCUGGAGAUCUCUUAGUGAGGUGAAACCCUGUGAACCAUACACCACCGUAAACUACACAAAUAGCAUCACGUUGUUUCAGAAUAAGAAUAAUGUUCAUGAUUUUCAUCAUCAUAAUUGCAUUUGUAGUGAACCCUGUGCUUUCACUAAUUUACAGAAAUGGGAUUUAAUAGAAAAGAAGUAGAUUCAUUUAGUGGUUUUUGCACUGUUGCUAAUACUGAACAGUGUCAUUUUAUAAAAUGACAUCACAGAAAGUUGAAAAGUUCAAAGCCCAGUCAAGUCUUUUCAGUGGAAUGCUAUAGGCAAAACCAGUUAAAUGUUAUUUUAAAUGCAUUCAAAGAAAAGGUAAGUUUAAUAGAUAAUCCCUAAUGUGUAAGACAUUUUAGUUCUAUUUUUCUAAAUAAGCCAUUAUGCCAUUUAAUUAUGUAAUUUAAUACUGGGAGAGGGAGCUUUUUACUUAUUUCUCUCCAAAUGAUAGUUUGGUUACAAGAUUUCCUUUGAUCUCAAAUUUCUGAAUUCUGAUGAACUUCAGACUAUCCUUAAAUAUUUUGUGCAAUUGCUCAUAGAAUUGGUUUAAUUCAGAAUAAGAAGUAAUGCUUUCAGAAUAAAGUUUAGUUUUAUCUGCCCUAUUUUUGAAAGAACAAAAUAUUAUUUUAAAAAUAUUCCAAGUACAAAUAUUCAUCAGUCUAAUGUGUGUAAUGUGUCCUGUGUGACUAUAGCAUGAUGAAGAAAUUCUUACUCAUGCUUUCAUUAGGAGAGAUAUGGUUUGUGUAAAAUCUAAUCUUUUGCCCAACUUUGGUAACUGAAAUAUAUCUGCAAGACUCCUCCAAAAAUGUUUUUGUCUUGUUUAAGCUUGAUUGUAGGUCAGCUGUUAGGCUCCAGUGGUCUAAAGUUUUCAUUCUUGUUUUGUUGGGAGUGCACAUGUUCUCUGAAGCCUUUAAAUAAAUACUUGGAAUGGUUGAAAGAUUUACAUUGCCAAUGUCUAGCUAAAUAUGUCAUCUUUAUAAAAGAUGUGGUUUGUUUUGGCACUGUUUAAAAAGCUCAAAUAUUUUAAACAUUUGUUUAGUUCUAGCUUGUACAUUUGAACUAAUAGCAUACAUUUCAGAUUCAUGUUUCAAUUGACUAGCCUUUAUUUCUCAUUCUUGUAACCUGUUUAUUAAAACAGUAUUUUAUUUUAUUUUUAAUCAUAUAAAAGAAAUGGAAAAAACUCUUGUUACUUUAAAAGUAGAGAUUCAUUAAUUUCAUUUGGACAAUAAAACAAUGUUGAUAAGUUUGAUUUUUCUUCUUUCAUAAUAAAUAAAAGCAUUGCUAAAAUAUUCCAAAUAAA